GCUGCGCGUCGCUCCACGCCGUGUUAUGUAGCGUCUCCACCGCACGGCUCACACACACACGCACACGCACCAUGGCCGCGGAGAGCCAGCACUUGCGGGUCUUUCGGAGCAGAAGAGGCGUCUGUUUUCUGUGAAUUUGGAAACAAAGUGUGUGAGUGUGUGAGUGUGUGUGUUGUUGUUGUUGUUGUUGUUGACAAAGCAUCGUUUGCAAGUCCACACACACAGGGGGGGCUGCUGCCAGCUCCGGGGCCGGGGUUGGGAGCCGGUGUGUGGGGGAUGUUGUCCGUGCUGUCGUACGGGAGACUGGUAGCCAGAGCCGUCCUCGGAGGACUCUCUCAGACGGACGGCCGCGACUACAGCCUGGUGACGGCGAGCUGCGGCUUCGGCAAGGACUUCUGCAAAGGCAUCCUGAAGAAAGGCAUGUGCUACGGGGACGACGCGUGCUUCAUCGCCCGGCACAGAUCCGCAGAUGUUUUGGGUGUAGCUGAUGGAGUAGGUGGCUGGUGGGACUACGGGGUAGACCCAUCGCAGUUUUCGGGGACGCUGAUGAAGACGUGCGAGAGGCUGGUGAAGGAAGGACGCUUUGUCCCCAGCAACCCAGUGGGAGUCCUCACGACCAGCUACUACGAGCUGCUGCAGAACAAAGUGCCACUGCUGGGCAGCAGCACGGCCUGCAUUGUUGUUUUGGACCGGCAGAGUCACCGGCUACACACGGCCAACUUGGGAGACUCGGGCUUCCUGGUGGUCCGCGGAGGAGAGGUGGUCCACCGCUCGGACGAGCAGCAGCACUACUUCAACACGCCCUUCCAGCUGUCCAUCGCCCCGCCGGGAGCCGAAGGAGCCGUCCUCAGUGACAGCCCCGACGCAGCAGACAGCUCUUCCUUCGACGUCCAGCUGGGCGACAUCAUCCUCACCGCCACCGACGGGCUCUUCGACAACAUGCCGGACUACAUGAUCCUGCACGAGCUGAAGAAACUCAAGAACUCAAACUACGAGAGCAUCCAGCAGACGGCCCGGAGCAUCGCAGAGCAGGCACACGAGCUGGCGUACGACCCCAACUACAUGUCGCCUUUUGCACAGUUUGCCUGUGACAACGGACUGAAUGUGAGAGGAGGAAAGCCCGAUGACAUCACGGUGCUGCUGUCAAUAGUGGCAGAAUACACCGACUAGAGAUGGUGUGGAGCUGUGCAUCAGGGGGAUAUCUGCCUCUGCAGGCGAUGGACUGCUUUGAUUCCUGCUGGCCAGGAUGAAGGACUGAUGUCAGAUGCUUCCCCCCGCAUCCGCUGACUCUAC